GUUGCCGCUUCAGCGAUUCCACCACGGGCACCUUGGCCGGCAUGGGCAGCGGCAUUCCUCUCCCCCUUCCCCUCCCCCGCCCCCGCCGACUCCCGCACUGCCGCAAUGCGGCUGUUGCGAGCUGUGUCUGCUGGGGCCUCACCGGGAGUUCUUGCCGGCUCCCGGAGCCGGAGGGUCGACGACGACGGCGCCGGCCAACUGCGUCACUUCACUGUCCGUCCUGUCGAGCUGCAGCGGUUUCCUCACAGACGUCGCUCAGCCAGCUCCAACGCCGCACAGCCCAUGCUGCCGCGGCCUGGCGCAGUUCCUGGACGGCGCAACGGCGGCGGCAGGACCCUGCGGUGCAUGUGCCCGCUCAUCACUGGCGGGGCACUGAAUGCAAUGCUGCCCAAGCCAGUUGAUCCCAUCCGGAUGAUUACUUAUCUGCCCAUCGCCUGCGGCGUCGUGCUUCCUCGAGACCUGAUCCCGCUCUGCCUCAACAACGCCACAACCUCGUCGGUCAAGGGGGUGAAUUGACCGUCGUCGACACAUACUAACUAGGACGACGAAAGCAAAGCAAGCUGCUGCUGCUACUACUACCUACUACUACUACAUACUACACAAGGAAGUCUACAACGAACUCGAUCCCUCCUCAUCAACAUGUUAACUCGAUCGUACUACAUAUUACAUCGAGCUGGUUAUGGUCUUACAGGAAUAUAACCUUGUAUUUGUUUAUGCUCCAUCAAUAGAAACGUACUCCUUGAUAUGUUUGACUUUUUUUUUCUGUUACUCUUGGCUGGUGAACCCUAAGCGUGCGUGGCACGGCAGGACUCCAAAUCCAAUCCAAUCCGGCACGCAUCGCCAACCCAGCCAAGCUGACAGGGAUUGAAUAUUCGUAGCAAGCAGCCUCCGGCCCCCGCCCCUUUUUAGUUCCUUUGCUGCUCCUCGAUUUGAUUGCUUGCGUUCAUCCUCGACCUCGAUUGAUUCCUCCCUGAGGCGAAGGCAGGCAGGCAGGCUGGUCACCAUGGGAUCUAAGGCACCUUUCUGCCUCUUGCUCCUCUUGCUGCUCGUCGCCCGGGCACCUGCACAAGCCAGGGAUCCUGCUGUUUUAGUUGAUCUUCACGCAAUUGAGCUCCCAGAUCACAGCCCUGUCGACAAGGAACAUAUUCCUGUCCAUCUCAAGAGCAGCAGCCCGAUAUGCUCUGCUUGUGAAAACUUAGCGAGUGGUGCUGUCACUUAUCUAAGUGAGAAACAAACACAAGAUAAGAUCAUGGAAUUACUUCAUCAUGCCUGUUCGCAGUCAUUCUCCUUGGAACAGAAGUGUGUUGAAUUGAUGGACUCCUAUGCAACUCUGCUGUUUGCCAAGAUUUCGGAGAUCAAGCCAGAAGAGUUCUGCAAACAGUAUGGCCUGUGCAGGGAUACCACCUUUUUCUCUGGUGUGGGUAGUGACAGCACUUGUGUGUUUUGCCACCACCUUCUUGAUGAAAUUAUGUCCAAACUGAAAGAUCCAGAUGCGGAGUUUGAGAUAAUUCAAAUUCUCAUCAAGGAGUGCAACAAGAUCGAAGGUCAUGUCCAGCAGUGCAAGAGAUUGGUCCUGCAAUACAUUCCCCUGAUCAUGGUAAAUGGCGAGAAGUUCCUUGAGAAGAAUGAUGUGUGCGCACUCGUACAAGCGUGUCCAGCUAGUCAAAAGACUACAAUCAGCUCAUUCUUGGACGAUGGAUUGGUGAGCGAUGCAUGAAGAUUGGAAGAUUACAAAAAUCGCCGUGGAUUGGUGAGUGAUGCAUGAAGAUUGGAAGAUUACAAAAAGCGCACGGCGAUGGUGAAAAUAGUAUUAUUCCUUGUACAUAAGGCGAUAAACCAAGGGCUUCUGUAUUGUGUCCAUGUACUUAUAUUGUGGAUGCAAUUGUUUUACGAUACAACAACAACAUAGCCUUUUGUCCCAAGCAAGUUGGGAUAUGCUAAAUUGUUUUAAGAUAGCAAUCUGUUAAUAUUCUGGGAGCUGAAAGAAAUAUCAUGUGCUAGGCUACGGAUGCUGUCAAUAACUUGUCAAGAAAUAUUUCAGAUGUAGCCAAAUAAAACAGCAAGAUUGUUUGUAAUUU